GUGGGCACGGAGCCAUGUUCUCAAGCUCAGGAGUAACACCUUCCUCGUCCGCACGCACUGCGAGCCUACCGAUGCCUACAACCUUAGCAUCCAAAGCUUGCCCCAGAAUCGGGUGCCUGGGACUUCGCACAUCCUCCAGGUGGCUACCGUCAGUGCUCUGGCUGUCACAAAGACCUGGGGCUCCAUUCUCGACUGACGCAUAUUCACGCUUGAUACGGCGCUGUUGCUCCAACAUUUUCCUGUACGCUACCUCGUCUAGAUUGCCGUUCAUCGCCAUGGCCUGCUCAUCAAGUGCGAACGUGUUCUGACCUUGGGCGCCACCAUCUCCGGUAAGGUGGCCGAUCUGAGCUGCCAGUUGAGUUGGGCUCGGAGUCCAAACAAUAGCAGGCG